CAAACGAAUCGAGGGAUAAUUUCGGCAAACAAAUUACAGUUCAACUUUGUAGAGCAUAUUUCUUCUUCCCCAAGCCCAAAAUCUCUCCUAAAACCCCUGCCUUUAUUCGCCCCUCCACCGCCACCACCCACCCACCAUCUUCACCGUCUCCAUACAUAUAUAUAUAUAGAAUCACCUCCGGUAAUUUGCAGAGAGAAGAACCAGUGCCGAGAAAACCAUGUCCCUUAGCAGAAUGGCUACUCGGUUCACAAGGUCCGUGUUGACCCGCCGCCGCAAUCCGGCGCUCAUCUCCGGCCUCCGUGAAAGCAAACGCCUCCACACUUUAUCCAAUUACUUAAUUUCCUCUCGCGGGCCCAAUGAUAUGGCGGUUUCUGGCCAGAUGUCGUUGUUACAUCAUUCGGCACUGAGCUCGUCAUCCUUCCAAUGGUUCGGUUUCACAUCAUCUGCAUCUCCACAGUCGAAUGAUAAGGAGGCAGCUCAAUCCGGAGAAAAUAAGAAUGCUGCUCAUCAAACCGAAGCUCCCGUAGCAGAUGGGAAAACUGAAUCAGAUUCGGAUGUGGAAUGCGACCUUUCGAGGGAUGAGCUGAUGAAACUCGUGGUGGAGAAGGAACAACUUCUCGAGACAAAGCAAGAAGAACUCGAGAAAAUGAAGGAUAAGGUCUUGAGGACUUACGCAGAGAUGGAGAAUGUCAAGGAGCGCACUAGGCGCGAAUCGGAGAACGCAAAGAAAUUCGCGAUUCAGAACUUCGCGAAAGGAUUAUUGGACGUAGCGGAUAAUUUGAGCAGGGCUUCUUCUGCUGCAAAAGAUAGUUUCUCCAAAAUCGAUGAAUCUAAAGGUGCGGCUGGAUCCGUUCAACAACUUAAAACACUGCUCGAUGGUGUUGAAAUGACCGAAAAACAAUUGUCAGCGGUAUUUAAAAAUUUCGGGCUUGAGAAAUAUGUACCCACAGACGAAGAAUUUGACCCGAACAGGCAUAAUGCAGUUUUCCAAGUACCGGACGCUUCAAAGCCGCCUGGUCAUGUUGGAGUUGUUCUAAAGGCUGGAUACAUGCUUCAUGAUCGAGUUGUAAGGCCGGCUGAAGUUGGUGUAACAGUAGCAGUGGACAACGAGGAAUCUUGAAAAUGAGUCUGUGCUCGUGUACAAUUUUCAAGUGCUUUAACUAGAGAAAAAAAUGUACGAAUGAAUUUACAUUGUGUAUCGUAUUUUGAUACGCUAUAUUUAUUGUUUCAGCUACAGAAGAUAGGACUCUUUUAAUCUUAACUUUUACUUUUUUUUUUUAUCUAUUUGUUUUUUUCUUUUCGAGAAGAUACGUUCUUAUCGGAAUUUUGGUUGUGGAGAGUCGUAACUAAAAAGGGUUGAUUUGUUACCAUUCUUGGGUGCCGUCGAGGUUCUGUACUAAUAAAGGUUUGCACGUUAUAAUUGAACCCAUAAAUUCCUUGAAGUUGCUUCAUGUGGGAGAUCA